AUGGAGAUCACUGCAAAAAUCUUCCUCCACCUCAUCCAGUUCGCUGGUUUUCUGUUCGGCCAAAUUACAAACGCCACGUUGCUAUUCCUGGUGCUCACCCGAGCUGAAAAACUCUUCGGGAGCUAUCGAAAUGUGAUGGCUGCGUUCGCAUCGUACUCUUUGGGUUACACGUGGAUUGAAGUUCUGGCUCAGCCGGUAAUGCAUAUCAAGGGGGCCAUGUUUAUAGUAAUGAUGGAUGGUCCAAUAAAAAUGGAAGCUUGGAUGGGAAACCUUCUUGGUUCACUGUAUUGUGGAUCCACAGCUCUAUGCAUUUCACUUCUCACUGCUCAGUUUUACUACAGAUAUGUUGCUCUAUGCAAGGAAGUUAUGGCUGAAAACUAUGGAGUGGAUCUUUUCAAUGAGUCUUUCAUUGGACCAAUGUACUACACAUACGACGAAAAUGGUGCCCGAAUAUUGAGAUGGGUAGACAUUAUGGCCUCUGUGGGAUGUUCUUGUAUGAUGGGUACUGGUCUUUCCUUAAUUGCAUUCUGUAUCUUCAACAUUUAUUCUAAACUUAAAAACGCUGGAAUUACAAUGAGCCCAAAAACAAAAGAGCUGAAUCGUCAGCUGUUCGUUACCUUGUCACUCCAGUACGCUGGUUUUCUAUUCGGUCAAAUUACAAACGCCACGUUGCUAUUCCUGGUGCUCACCCGAGCUGAAAAACUCUUUGGAAGCUAUCGUAAUGUGAUGGCUGCGUUCGCAUCCUACUCUUUGGGUAACACAUGGAUUGAAGUUCUGGCUCAGCCGACAAUCGUGCCUCUUAUCAUGAUGUAUGGCCCAGUUGGAGCUUUCAUAACACUUCCGUUUCUGGAAAUCGAAGUCGGAACCCUUGGAAAUUACGUCGGAGCAUCAGCAGGAGCAUAUCCAGCCAUCGAGCCACUGAUUGCCAUUUAUUUCAUUAAAGACUUCAGAAAUGCAGUUUUAUGCAGACAGAAACGAACUGGUGCAAAACUCAAUUAUAUCAGCAACAACUCACAAACUCGUAACUCGGACAUCUUCUCCAAUUCGUUUCAUUGA